AUCAACCGACCUCUGACCAUGAAGAAGGAAGGCAUCCAGACCAGGAACAGGAAGAUGUCGAGUAAGUCCAAGAAGAGCAAAAAGUCCCAAGACAACAUGGACGACUUCUCCAAGAGCCUGAUGGACAAGAGCAGCUCCUUCAGCCCCGCCGCCCUGUCCCGCCACAUGUCCUCCUUCCCUCCCUUCUCGCACUCCGGCCACAUGCUGACCACCCCCACACCCAUGCACCCAUCUUCAAGCCUCCCGUUUGCCCCRCACCACCCCUCCAGUAUGGUCACAGCCAUGGGCUAAGGCUCCCCGAGCCCCUACUGCCACACCCUUCGGUACCUCUGCAGACCUGCUUCCACGUCCCAAAAGACUCCUCCUUGGUUUCGAUCCGACUCCCCCCACCUCCCCGUCUGGCCGCCGAGACCCGGCGAGAGAACGGCGGGCCCCUUUUUCUCCUCAGCUGUAUGUUAUUUUUUUUAAAUAAAACUCCAAGUGUACCUCUGCGAUGUAAAUGCUUUGCAGACUUGACUUGACUGUGGCGCACUGACCUCCUUGGUCGGGGAAAAGACUCAUUUGYUUCCCACCGACCCAGGAGAAAAGCGGACAUUUCUCUUCGCCGUCACCCUCGAGGCUGUCCUCCACAUGAGAAGUAGCUCCAUUUGUGUACAAAAAGCCAUUCUCCCACCAGAACAGACAUUACCAGAACUUUCUGACGCCCUCUCCCUUAAAACCACCUCUCCUCCCCGAACACCUGUGUAACAGGAAAUCCCUCCUAGCUCCUCUCUUUUUUUUUCUUCCUUUCUCUUCCUGAGAAGAAGCUGAACAUAUUUGUACAAAUUGUAUGAAAUACAGUACAUUUAAUGAAGACUUUUUAAUUAAGUAAGAAAAAAAAAAGACCUAAAACAUGCCCCUGAGCAGCUAAUGACAAAGAAGGGUACGAGCCGCAGCAGGUGGAAGAGCCUUGCCACCGGAGGAGCGAGGGGAACGAAGCCUCGAAACGCUGGAGGAGGGAAAAGAACAGAGGAAGAGAGGAGGUGAAGAGGGGAAAGACUUUUGAAAAACAGGGCAGGCCUUGGAUUUUGCCUGCAUGAAAUGUGUUGCAUUAAGUUCGCAGAGAGUCGGCGCCUCUGGCCUGCCGACGUGUCUCUCUUCUUUACUUUUCUUCGUUUUGUUUCCUUUUUGGAUGUGCUAUAGGUCUCGGGCAAUUGGUUUGUGUUGAAGCGCACACACGCACACACGCACACACUCGCACACAAACACACACAUAAUGGAUCACCUGAAAGACUUUUUUCCUUUCUGCCCACAGAUUAUAUGCAUUGUGAAAAGUUCCUGUAUUUGUUAUUUGUAUGUAUAAAUCAGAGUACCAAAAAUACGAAAGAAACAAAGAUGUAGAAUUAUUUCUUUAUGUUAUGCAGACUGAAUGGUUGUAAAAAAUUUAAUAAUAAUCACUAGUGUAAAAUAUGACUGCUCUUUUUUUUUUUGUUUCGUAAUAUUUUUUUUCUUCUUUGAAAAUAAUAAACUAGUUUAAAUCUCUGUUGACAUGUUA